AUGGCGGCGGCGCAGAGCUGGCGCUGGUUCCCGGCCGUCGCUCUGGGAGCUUCUCUGCUGAAAUGCCUCUUUAUGAACGCGUAUCAUUCCACAGACUUCGAGGUGCACAGGAACUGGUUGGCCAUCACACACAGUCUGCCGGUGUCCAGGUGGUACCACGAGAACUCGUCGGAGUGGACUCUGGACUACCCGCCGCUGUUCGCCUGGUUCGAGUUCGGCCUGUCCCACGUGGCUCAGCACUUUGACAGAAACAUGCUGGUGGUGGAGAACCUGAACUACGUCAGCCCGCCGACUGUGCUCUUCCAGAGGCUGUCGGUCAUCUUCACUGACCUGGUUUUUAUCUACGCUGCCAGAGAGUGCUGCCGGUGCGUUCAGGAGCAGAAAGGCUCUCGGGACGUUUUGAACCGCCCGUCCUUCGUCCUGGCUGUUCUGCUGCUCUGGAACUUCGGCCUCCUCAUCGUCGACCACAUUCAUUUCCAGUAUAACGGCUUCUUGUUUGGCUUCCUGCUGCUCUCGGUGGCAAAACACCUGCAGCAUCGACACCCAGGGGCGCUGCUGUUCUCCGUGCUGCUCAACCUGAAGCACAUCUACCUGUACGUGGCUCCGGCCUACGGAGUCUACCUGCUGAGGAGCUACUGCUUCACUCAGGACCACAACGACGGCUCCAUCAGGUGGAGAAGUUUCAGUCCGCUCCGUCUGGUAGCUCUGGGCAGCAUCGUGGCCUCCGUCUGCGCUCUGUCCUUCGGGCCCUUCAUCGCCAUGGGUCAGCUCCCUCAGGUGCUGUCCCGUCUCUUCCCCUUUAAGCGGGGCCUCUGUCAUGCCUACUGGGCCCCCAACAUCUGGGCGCUCUACAACAUGCUGGACAAAAGCCUGGCGACGCUCGGUGUCCGUCUGAAGCUGCUGGAGGAGGCGGAGCUUCCUCGAGCCUCCAUGACGGGCGGUUUGGUUCAGGAGUUCCAGCACUCGGUCCUCCCCUCCGUCACUCCCUCCGUCACUCUCGUCUGCACUCUGCUCUCCAUCCUGCCGGCGGUGGCGUCCAUCUGGCGGCGUCCUCGCGGUGCUCGGGGUUUCCUGCGCUGCCUGCUGCUCUGCGCUCUGGGUUCCUUCAUGUUCGGAUGGCACGUCCACGAGAAGGCCGUCCUCCUCGCCAUCCUGCCGCUCAGCAUCCUGGCGGUCGAGAGCAGAGAGGAUGCUGGGAUAUUCCUGGUUCUGACCACCACAGGUCACUACUCGCUGUUCCCGCUGCUCUUCACCCCCGCAGAGCUGCCCAUCAAAGUGCUUCUGAUGCUGAUAUUUACCAUCUACUCUUUCACUGCUCUGAGGAAACUUCACAGCGCUCAGGGCUCUCUGCUCCGUCCUCUGGAGUCCGUCUACCUGCUGGGCCUCGUUGCCGUGGCGACCGCCUGCGAGGUGGUCUUCCCCCUGUCGCCAUGGCAACAGAAGCUGCCCUUCCUCCCCCUGCUGGUGACCUCGGUGUACUGCUCCGUGGGCGUCUGUCACUCCUUCCUGCGUCUGUACGUCAGUCUGCUGAGGCAGGAGGAGAAGCACAAGCAGCUGUGAGAGGCCGCAGGUUAGAUACCCAGCACGCCUGCAUCCUGCACAGGUGCCCCUGAGCAAGGCACUCGGACGCUGACCGAUGAAUCAGGAGGAAGUGACCGUCAUGGUUCCAGUAACUCUGCUGGUGAUCCUGGGUCCGUUUUAGUUCUUUUUCUUCUUCUUCUUCUGGAGUACUGACCAAACACAGAUCACAUGACCACAACAUCCAGCGUAAACAUCAGUGUUUGAUGUCGGGCUCAAAUGUUACUUUAGUCUAUUGAUCGUGAUGAUAACAUAAUCUAUCCUGAACCCUGCGGACCACGAGACAGAAACACAUCCUCAGCUGGAGUUUAGCCGAGCUCAGAUCUAUGAAUCUAACACAGGUUUGAGGUUAUGGUUGCAGACUGAAACAAUGAAGAACGACUUUCAGCCAAAAAUGAUAAAGGUCAAUUAAAAAAAAAUAGAAGCUGAAUUCCCGCUAGUGAAUGCUGACUCUGUGGAGGUCUUCAGUUGUGUUUUGCAUGUAGAUCUGUAAAUGAUUCUUAAAAUGCUUGGCUGUAUAUUUCCGUUGACUUUAGCUUCCAUACGCUGAAUAACGGCACAAUCAAAGUUACAAUAACAUCAUAUUUUAUAUGUUUGAGGCUCAAGUGUUGACACGAGUAAUUAUACUAUUAAUUAUUCAUCACUAGAAACAUUUCCAACUCGUUUCACUUCCUUUUUUAAGUUUGGGCUUUACAGACACACAGUACAAACACAUGACAUUUCACAAUAUAGAAAUUUGCCCAACAAUUAAAGUUGAUUGAAUUAUUUUGCACCGAGUGUUUAAAGUCUGUAUUUCUGCACAGCUGCAGAUAAGAAAAGGCGACAAUAACGUUAAUAGUUUCAGUGUUGGCUGCGUGAUCGUCUCUGACUCAUCUCAUCCAAACAUGUUUUUUAUUAAACGAGACUCUUUUUCAGUCCAUGUUUUUUCGCGUUAGCCUUUCAAAAAAACAUGUUCACUGCGAUCAAAAAACAUUUCACUCUCCCACUUGCUAAACAAAGAGAGGCAACACUUACAAGUUAUAUUCAUUAAAGAAAGGUGAUUUAAUAAAAAAACUAAAAAAGAUUAAUCACUUUCUUUUUUAAUUGAGGAUUUUGUUUGAGUUCUGAAGACAGCUUCACUUAAAAAAGUCUCAAUUAAAGCUUCGGUACAUUCAGCACGGCCCUGAUGUUUAGAUCACCCAGCCUUGAUGCAGAAGCAAUGCAUGCUGGGAUAGAUUCCAGCCUCCCACGACCCGUUAUGGAAGGUGCAUGACAGGAACGAUGCAUCACAUCAGCUGAAAGUGUUUUAUUUAUUUGAAAACAUUUGACCUUUGUGUGUAAAGCUCUCCUCCUCAAACAGAGUCCAGCGUCUCUUCUUCUCACUAACUAAACUCAUCUCAGACUUUAUGGACCAGAAUCCAACUCGGCUAAAGAACCUUUUUAGUUUCUGGACUGAUUGAACUGUCGGUCUCACCUGAGACGUUCAGGUGAAUGAAACUCUAUCUACUUCCUGUUUUUAUUCAAUAAAAACACUUGGGACCAAAACAGAACUGAAA